AUGGCGGAACAAAAAGAAGAAGAAUAUGUUCAUAAGAUAUACAAUGAGAUUGCUAGCCAUUUUUCCGAAACAAGAUAUAAACCGUGGCCAAUUGUCACUGACUUUCUGGAACACAGGCCCAUGGGAAGCGUUGGUAUCGAUGUUGGGUGCGGGAAUGGUAAAUAUCUAGGCAUCAACCCAAAUAUCUUCAUUAUUGGUUCUGAUCAUUCCAGUGGAUUAAUCGAAUGUGCACAUGAUAUCGACAAUGCGUACAAUGUUUUGGUGGCAGACGGUAUGAAACUGCCUCAUAGAGAGAACACUUUUGAUUUCGCCAUUUCAAUUGCAGUGGUUCAUCAUUGGUCAACAAGGGAAAGAAGAGUACAAGCAAUCAACCAUAUUUUGAGUAAAAUCAAAAGCGGUGGAGAGGCAUUGAUAUAUUGCUGGGCAUUAGAACAAAGAAGCUCUAGAAGAGGUUAUCAAGAAGGUAUGGAACAAGAUGUGCUAGUGCCCUGGGUACUACACGAAACGAAGAAGGAGAAACACUCAUCCAGUGAUAAACCAAAAAAAUUAAAACUAGCAUCAGCUCCAGAUUUGACAAAUAUUCCGUUAAAGGAAAGAGCAGCAUUCAUUGCCAAUUGGAGAAAAGAAGAAGAACAGAAGAGAUUAGCAUUAAUUAAAGAGGAAGCUAAAGAGAAAGAAGAGACAGCAAAGAAGAAUACAAAGUACAGGUAUUACCAUUUGUAUAAGGAAGGUGAAUUAGAAGAAGAUUGCGUAUCUGCAGGUGGCAAAGUAAAGGGAUCUGGGUAUGAGAAAGAUAACUGGUACGUUGUUGUUCAGAAACAAUAA